AGGACGCGCGCGCGGCUCUCAAACAGCGCGAGCGGCACGGAAACCCGCAGCAGGGCGAGUCAAACACUGUUCAUCUGGGUUUUAAAGGACAUCUGUGACGAAGCAGCUUCAGGCCAGUGAUCCUGCCUUCCAGCUUUCAAGCAUGGAGGCCAGUGGCAGUGGUUGGCCAACUGAACCCAUGACCUCUUGCUUCUUGGGCAACAUCACCACCGAGAACUCCAGCAUGGGUCGGAUAUAUGAGGUGGCGGUGCAGUCCGCGAACGGCUCGGCAAAACGCAGUCCACAGUUCGUUGGGGUGGAGCUGCUCCAAUCUUUCAAACUCCUUAUCAUUCCUUGCUAUACACUGGUAGUGCUAGUGGGAGUUUUUGGGAACUAUUUGCUGCUUUAUGUCAUUUGCCAGACCAGAAAGAUGCACAAUGUGACUAAUUUUUUCAUUGGGAACCUGGCAUUCUCGGACAUGCUGAUGUGUGCCACUUGUGUGCCGUUCACCCUGGCGUACGCCUUUAACCCUCGAGGUUGGGUGUUCGGAAAAUUCAUGUGCUAUCUGGUGUUCCUCAUUCAGCCAGUGACUGUGUACGUGUCUGUGUUCACAUUAACAGCAAUUGGUGUGGACAGAUACUAUGCUACUGUGCACCCUCUGAAGAAACGCAUCUCAGUCCUGGCCUGUGCUUACCUACUUUCUGGCAUCUGGAUCCUCUCCUGUGGCCUGGUGGCUCCAGCUGUGGCCCACACUUACUAUGUGGAGUUUAGAGAUGAAGGCUUCACCAUUUGCGAGGAGUUCUGGAUGGGCCAGGAGCGUGAGCGGCUGGCCUAUGCUUAUAGCACACUCUUCAUCACCUAUGUCCUCCCGCUCUCAGCACUUUGCAUCUCAUACCUGCGCAUAUCUGUCAAGCUCCGCAACUGCGUGGUGCCCGGACACCACACACAGAGCCAGGCGGAGGCACAGCGGGCACGAAAACGCAAAACCUUCCGUCUAGUGACAUUGGUGGUGGCAGCGUUUGCAGUCUGCUGGCUGCCCAUCAGUGUCUUCAACGUCCUCCGAGACAUCGAUAUCGACUUGAUUGACAAGCGCUAUUUUCUGCUCAUCCAGCUGCUGUGCCACCUGUGCGCCAUGAGCUCGUCUUGCUGCAACCCCUUUUUGUAUGCGUGGCUGCACGAUCGCUUCCGAGCAGAGCUGCGAAAGAUGUUCACAUGCCACAAACGCAUUGGCAUUGGGAUACCCACCAACAACUGUACUGCUGCCAGCGUUGUGCUCUGACAAACAAUGAACCCGAUGAAACCAAUCCGAGGGAGUUAAUGCCACCAGCAAAAAAAUCUGCAGUAGUUACUGGUAGAUGCACAGGACAAGGUUUGGGCAGUGUUUUGAGACACAAAACAUGUCUGUUGGUAGUAUGGCCAGAAGUGUAAUUGUAUUUCUACAAGAUUUGUCAAACCCAAACUUUUCUAUUAAUGGUACAGGCUCACAAUUAAAACUCCCAAUCAAAACUUAUCACCCAACUUAUCACCUUCUGAUAAUAUAUCUGAUACCUUGAAAUUGUGAUUCUGAUACCUUGAAAUUGUACCAAGAGUUGUUUUGCUGGAAGAGAAUUAAAAAAAUAUAUUUGCAGACGUUUUUGUCAGAGAACUGUGACCAUUACAGAAAAUCAAAGGACAGCCUUUCUUUUAGAAGUUUGGUGUGAAAAAUGUAGAAAGAAUGUAAGGCAGUCUGGAUCUGCCUUAACACCGUGCUGAAUGUAAUGAUGGGGAGUAAUGAUACACUCUGGUCACAAUUUGAUUCGAUUCAUGAUACUUGCGUCACAAUUCGAAUCGAUUCUCAGAAUAUUACGAACAAAAUUUUUCUGAAGAAAAGUAAGGAACACUCCUUACUUUUAGAAAAGGAGAGAACUCCUUUUUUAUUUCUAAAUCAUAAACAAUGGAAAACAAUGUGAAAUAGAGCUCCAAAGUCGGCUAAAAUGCCUGAUUUCCACUGCCUCUUUCUCAGGCACUGUAGAUCGCAGUGGCCUGGGGUUGGUGUCGUUUGAAAGCUACUGAAGAGCGCUUUUUAACAGUUAUAAUGGGAUUGUGUAACCAUAUAACCUAUAAUGUGUGUCAGUCCUUGUGAUCCUGAGCUAUUCGUCAGCAUGCUCUCUAUAUGCAGGGUGUCCCAAAAGUCUCUGUACAUAGGGGAAAUGAACACUUUUUUAUCAAAAUGUAACUUUAUUUACAAAACAUUCUCUACGUGAUUGCCAUUUCUUUGUAAACACACACAGAGUCGUCUCUCCCACUUAUGAUGAACUCAUGUUCACACAUCUGGUAUUAUGCAUGUAAUUUUUUGUGCAACAUGUAAAUUCAUUCUUACUAUACUACCUGUACACAUAUCCUUAAUGCUUCUGCCAUUGCCUUCACCUUGCACAUAGUUGUAUUAUAUCUGUACAAAUAUCUAUUUGUUUAAGCCUAUUGUGUCUACUGUACAGUGUUAGAUAUUCUCUCAUAUUAUUAUUAUUUGUAAAUUUUAUUAUUAUAUGUCUUGCCAUCUUAUUGGUAUGUGUGUU